AUGGCGGGACAGAAGAGAGCGAGGUUUCAAGAGAAACAACAGAAGAAAGAAAGUGCACCUAAGCCAAAUAAGAACAUAAAAUUAUCAGAAAGCAAAGCUGCACAUGGUCCAGUAAGCUUGAAUAUAUCUGUAGGAAGCUACGAGCGUCUUCUCUAUGGUUUCAAUCUGCGCUUAAAUGAGGGCAAAUUGCAAUUCAAGCCUCUUUUCAUGUUUCCAGCUCACAUUACAUGCAUCAAGAGCGUGGGCUUAUCACCACCACCGCCUGGUUCUACAAAGGGAGGAAAAUGGCUGAUAACUGGCGGUACUGAUGAGAGUCUUAAAGUAUGGGAUAUACGGAAGAGAGUAGAAGUUGGUUCGUUGACUGGUACAGAAGGAACACCGCUUACGAUGUCAUUCAUCAAUCACGCACAUUUGGUAAUUGGUACUACACAUUCUAACAUCUACAUCUUCAAAUGCGGUGAAUGGGAGCUCCUUAAAUCUUUCAAAGCCCACAAAGGAAGCGUAGAUUCAGCUGCAGUACAUCCAAAAGCUGGAUUCGCAAUGACUGUUGGUAAUGACAGAAUGGGUCAACUUUGGAGGCUUGGUAAGAACUCCAACGAAUCUAACAAGCAAGCUGGACAUGUUGGUAGAAUCGCAGGAACUAAAUUAGGUAUGGAGGGACGUAAGGGCAACCCACAAGUUGUUAAGUUUAGCAAAUCUGGUAACAUCAUCGCAAUCUUAUUCAAGAAACACGUAGAAUUAAGAAAAACACAAGCAUUUGAAGUUUUACCUGAUUUACCUUCUUUACCAACGUCAUUGACUACAAAGUUCAAUGAUAUUGGCUUCGUUAAGCCGCAUAAGAGCCAAGGAUUUGAGGAUGAUGUUGAGUUUUUGGCUGUCGCUAGCGAAGAUAAGAGGGUCUUGCUCUACGCUGUAGGGCAACCUUCAGAUGAACCUAAAGAAGCCACUCUAAUUGCUGAGCUUGUUGGACAUCAAAAUAGAGUCAAGAGCGUAAGAUUCGGAAAUGUUGCUGACAUCUUAACCGCUAUUACCAUCUCUUCAGAUGGAUUUGUUAGAGCUUUUGAUUUAACUCCCCUCAAACCAUCAAGCAAGCAAGAAAAGCUGGAAUGUGUCAGCUCAUAUGACACCAAAGGAACGCGUCUCACUUGUCUUGAUGUCGCCAGUGCUGGAUACGAAGUUGACAACGGCGAAGAGUCUGAAGAAGAGCAAGAAAACGAGGAGGAGCAGGAAGAAGAAGAGGAAGAAGAAGAGGGAGAGGAAGAGGAAGAAUAAAUGUAUACAUAUAGAUAUAAUUACUAAUCAGACCCUAAUGAAUUAAAAUUAUGCACUGCCUGGAGGUGGAUUACCUUGUCCUUGUCCUUGUCCCUGGCCUGCACCUGCACCGAAAGAUUCAGCGAGAUUUCUGAGCUCUGGGUUGCUAGCCAAUUCGUCGAGGGAAGGCAUCUGACCACCGUUUCUCAUGCCUUCUGCCAUGUUUCUCAAGCUUGGGUUGGACAUCAAUCUUUCUAAGCCACCGUUAGCCAUCAUAGAUUGUGCCAUUUGACGCAUCAUUGGGUUGUUAAGAAGUGAGCCGAUAUCUGGCAUACCACCACCAGCGCCGCCGCCACCGCCAAACAUUCCAGCAAGCUGCGAGAGGUCAGGCAUACCGCCAGCUGGAGCACUUUGUGGCUGGCUUCUUGAUUCGACAGAGUUAGAGCCGAGCUUUGAUCUUGCAGUAAUCAAGCUGGAUUUCAUAGUCUGGUUCUCAGCAUCGUAUUUAAGACCAUCCUCGUAUGCUCUAACAGCAUUCUCAUAUUGCUUAGCAUUGAAGUAUGCGUGUCCUAAUCUAGAGUAAGCUCUGGCGAAUUGAGGGUCGAUCUCGAGUGCUUUCUUAGCAUCUGCAAUGGAGGCGUCCUGGUCGCCAGCUUGUGAGUAAGCAGCUGCUCUGUUU